AGUUGAGAGAAUUUUUGUUUAUUUUUACAAAACGUGAUUUCUGCAUUUUGAGCUCACCUAAUGGUUUAAAACUUCGAUUUGUUACUUUCAGUUACAUAACACGUAACAAAAUUACAGUUAGAUAAGCUCACAGUAAGCUCAGGUAGAGAGUAGAGGAGGGCCGGGGUGAAUAAUGGAGUUCUCGUACACCUAGUCUUUAGUAAAUUCAAAAAAAAGGAGAGAAAUAAUAUUUGCCGAAAGGGGGAACAGAGAUCCUUGCUGUGAUCUUGAUCAGCUGAAGAUAUAAAAUAAAUGGCAGGGUAGAACAUAAACAAUGACUGUUGUCUCAACCGAGGGUAAUUUAAUAAAUGAUCUCAAAAUAUUACAAAUAUGGCAUAUCUAGACUUUAAAUGUCAACGUUUAAAUUUAAUUGAAAUUUUUAGCAAAAAGGAAUCGUAGCCUGGAAAAUAUCAAUAUCAAAACAGGCUUCCGCAGAAAAGAACGGAGAGCUAUAAUUGUUAAAUGAUAUUCAACAAAUACAUUAAUUACAAUUUAAUUGUAUGGAAAAGCAGUACGUAAUCAAACGCUACAUCAAGGAGUCGUCGAAAAUAAAAAUGUUAUUAUGAAACGUCGUAACGACCUGUGAGCUCAGAAGAGCGCUUUUCUGCUUUAUCUGUAACAGGUAACAAAACAAACAAGAGGGGUGAAUAGCGCGGCAAAAAAUUUCUGAUACUUGUUUCGUGUGAACCCGGCUUUUGUGUGUCGGUUUCUAAUUUUGCCACCGAUAGAAUGUGUCUCCGGUUCCGCAUUUUCUAACCUCAAAAGUUUUUGAAAAUAAAAAUGGCAGAAAAGUCGAACGUCAAUGAAAAGAAACUUGAAGAUUUAACUAUCGAAUUCGAAUACAUCGAGGCGGGCCCGAGUAACGUAAAUAUUGAGAACGCCCCAAUUGAAAUUCAAAGUGUAGUUGAACCCGAGGACGCACCUCAAUCGGGACCUGGGGAAUUCAUUGACAAAUACUUAUCGGGUGAAAUUCCUUUUGAUAAUUACGAGGUUUUACUCGAUGAAGAACAUAGUAUUGAAGAAUCAUCUGAAGUCACGAAACCUACACGAACAUAUAAAAAGAUUCCCGCUCACAUUAAAGCUUUGAUUGGGGAGGCGAACUUACGUUUCGCGAGAGGCGAUCGAGAAACGGCAACGAAAAUAUGUUACGAAAUAAUACGUCAACACUGCACAUUUUCGGAACCCUACAUCACUUUGGCUCAAAUAUUUGAAACCGACGACCCAGCUAAAAGUCUCGAUUAUUACAUGGUGGCCGCACUUUGCAACCCUCGAGAUGUGAACUUGUGGACGCGAAGUGCACAGCUUUCUCUCGACGCAAACAAGGUGAACCAGGCAAUUUUUUGUUACACGAACGCGGUACGCGUGCAACCUCGCAACAUAAAGCUGCAUCUGAAAAGAAUUCAGCUACUCAGACGUGAGAAGGAUACAAAAAACAUGUUACGCUCGUAUGUGAAAAUGAUGCAGUUUUUAACGGCGCCGUAUUACGAUUUCCUGUUACAAGUUGCAGUAAAAGUUGCCAUCGAGUAUCACCAACUGAACGAGUAUAAAAAAGCGAUCGAUGCCUUGAAUAUACCAUUUCAGAAGUGCCCCGACUUGAUUACCCCCCAAAUGGUGAACAUAAUGUUGGAGCUGCUGAUUUUGAACGAAAAUUACUCGUACUGUCUCGAUAUCUUCUUGGAACAUUGCAAUAUCGAAAUAGAGCUAUUGAUCGUGCUCGAGAACCAAAUCCAGGUGCUAUCGUACAAUAUGCCUGAGAAUAUCCCCAUCGACUUGCGCAUUAAAUUCGUUAUAUGCGUCAUUAAGUUGAAAUCGUUUAACUUACUCGACAGCCUGAUUGACCCGCUCCUGCUGAUGGAGGAAGAGGUGGAGAGUAUAGGCGAUUUGUUUUUGGACGUCGUCGAGGCGUUGAUGAUGGUUGAGCAUUACGAACAUUCGCUGAAAUUGCUAGUGCCGCUAAUUAAGAGCAAUAAUUAUUCGUUGGCCGCCGUUUGGCUGAAGUACGCCGAUUGCCAGAGCGCGUGCGGUUUGUACGAUCAGGCAAUCGAGAGUUAUAAAACUGUGAUGCAAAUGGCGCCUCUGCAUGUUGACGUGAGGUAUAAUUUGGCCGAGGUAUUGGUGAAAGUUGAUAAGAAAAGGGAGGCGUUGGAGAUUUUGGAACAGGAUCCCGGGUGGGCUGUGAUAAAUGUUCGUAUGUUUGUCUUUAGGAUCAAGCUAUUGAAGGAAAUGGAAGAGUACGAUCAGUAUCUGCAGGCGAUUGAAUUUUUGAUAUCGAGGCACUGUGAGAAAAUUAGACAUUUUGAGGAGAUUCGGGCUGUCACGUACGUCGAGCGUCCGUAUGAAAAGGUGGCGCGCUUAAAAAAAUUGAGAGAGUUCAGAGAAGAAAACCUGGACGAUAAACCCCAGUUCUCUACCGCUUUUGAGCCGACCGUUGAAGAGGAAUACGCCAUUUUUUGUGAUGCGAUUGAAUUAUGUAUGAAAAUGAAAAAAUUCGUGACAAUGCAACGAUUAGUUUUCACCGCGUUGACAUCUUUACGUUUUAAAAACAAGUACGAAGAAUUAGGUUUAAUUGGGUUCUUUUCCUGCAUGUACAACAAGGACAGCUUCCACGCUUAUCCGCUCAUACGCGAGAUAGUCAUACACUACCCGAACAACAAUUUAGGAUGGAAUUUAUUCAACGCCUUACUGCAGCGCGCCGACGACCUGAGACACACCAGGUUCAUGAUGCGCUUUAUGUCGAGUUACACGGAAAAGUCGUGCCUGAGACUACUCGAGGCCAACUACUGCCUAGCAGUUGGAAACAUUAAAAUCGGCCUGGGCUACUACGUCAGUCGUCUUCGCAGCGAUCCCUCUCCGCUCACAUGCAUGCUGUUGGGCUGUGUCCUGCUGUACAUUUUCGGCCAGAAAUUUACGCAAAAAAAAGAUAAGGUCACGAAAACCGCCCUCUCCCUCUUUCUAAAGUACUCGACGAUGAGAAGUAAGGACGCCUACGAGGAGAUUUACUAUAAUCUUGGACGAGUCUAUCAUCAAUUUGGCAUUCUGCAUUUAGCGAAGUACUACUACGAGUUAGUUUUAAAUUAUAACAACCCGGUAAGUCAGACGUGUCCUAAUUUAAGUUUAAAACGAGAAGCGGCUUAUAACUUGCAUAUUAUUUAUAAGAACAGCAAAAAUUAUAUAGCCGCUCGAAACCUCCUACUUAAGUAUGUACGAAUUUAAACAAUAAAUAUUUCAUUUAGUAAUAAAUGAACUAAUCUUUAUUUCACAUCUAAUGACUCAUCUGUGUCCACGAUGUCUCCGGUCCUCCAUCUAUCUCUGUUGUACUCCUUACAACCGGUUUGGUUUUGAAUUUUCAACAUAGGAAAAUUUACACAUAUACCGCUUCAUAGC